AAGAGUGCGAAAGUAUCUUAAAUAUUCGGGAAAUUCAGACGCGUUCUCUGAAUGGGUUGAUGGACCCGAAUCGAUAAAAACGCGCGUUUUCUAUAGUGCAGUGUCGAACCAUGAGCUCGUUUGUGAUUGCUACGCUGAUUUUUGUGCUGUUUCAUUUUUCAGAAGGGAAACCAUGUCCGGAAGAGACACGUCAACAUACAAGCAGAUGUGAUACCUACUUCCGCUGCGUAGUUCUACCGACUAAUUCACAUGUUUGGGUUCCAACAAAAUGUGAACGAGGUCUCAUCUACGAGCCAAACUUGCGCCUCUGCGUGCUACCAGGAGACGAUUGGGAAUGUACUUUAGGCGACACGGCACCAUCCAAACCUGACGAGAACAACAUCUAUGGCAUCAACUUGUUAAAAAAUCAUCUUAAUCAACAAAAUCUUGAAGAAUAUAAUAAACAAACAGUGCAGUUAGUGGAAGAAUCAAAAGUUAGUGAUAAUAGUGAAGAAGGUGAUUAUAUUGAAGUGAACAAUGUAGUCGCCGUGAAAAAUAACAUAAGUGCUAGCUUCGCGAGUGACAAGCAGAAUAUAGAAGAUAGUUUCGAAUCUAGUGGCGACGGAGAUCCAAAUGAAACAGUGGAGUUGAAAGACGGUGGCCUUGAAGUAUCAGAAAAAUCGAAAGUCGAUCCUAAACUGGCAGCUCAUUUGCAACGACUGUCUCAGUUAAUAGAUGGGUUAAAGCAGAAAUACCAGAAUAAACCUGACGAAGCUGCCGAUUUGCGUCCUGAUCAGCUCAAUGCGUUUCUGGCGCAUUAUAAUAUUCGGUCGCAGUUUGACGCCUUAAAUCCUUCUUUGUUCGAUAAACGGCCAGUGCCCCAUGAUGGUCGAAUAGAGCCUGAUGUUUUACAUCAAAUUUUGAGAAAACAACAACAACUUCAAGCCCAUCCUCCUAAUAUUUCGAUCGCCCUUCCUUCACUCAGCAAUAAAUAUGUUCAGGUUCAAAAUAUUCAACCUCCCCAGCAAUAUAAUAAUAAGAUUCUCUUACAUAAUUCUGUGCCUGAAAAACAAUAUCGCAAACCAGAUGGAUAUUCAACGUCUCAGAUAGUCGUCAAUAAACCAGAAGGAUCUGUUGUUUUUAGCAUUCCACCAAAUGACAAAUACCAACCACGUCCAAGACCCCAGGAAGACGACGAACCUCGAAUUUCUGAGGAAACUCUAAAAACUGUACUCGAACUAUCAAAACAGAUGCUCGCAAAUCAGAACAUACGCCAGGUUUUCCCAAACAAUGGAGUCUUCUCACAAAUGUUGCAGCCAAUGUAUGUACCAGUUCCAUUGAUUAAUCCUCAUCCAAAUAAUGCAUAUCCGAACAAAUACCUUCCACAAACUGCCUACGACAACCAAGACAAAUAUCAGAAAAUAUCUUCAUCAACAUACUCAAAACCAGAGCAUAAGAGAAAGCCACCUGUUUCGAUCAUUCAAAACAAUGUACCAGUCACUAUCGCUACGGGUAGCGAAAGUGGGAUGAUACCCAGGCCUAUUUUCUCUGGAUCAUCAGUAGGAUCCAAUAAUGAGGAUACUAACUCAUUUUACCAAAGUCAGAGCAAUGAUAGAGUAGACAGCUACGGGAAUAAAGUGUAUAAUGACUACGAAAAUGAGCAUAAUUCAGAGCGGGAUCCACCCCAUUCUUAUCAGGUUGGGAACAGCAUAAACUCGCAAAAUUCAAUAUAUUCAACAACCUUGCAUCCCCCACUUAAUUAUGACCUUGCAACUCCGCCAGCCCAAAAUACUGGAAACUCUCAUUUCGGUACCUCAAAUGCAAAUCACAUGUAUGACACACAACCGCCGCAACCUCCACCUGCACUACCUCUCCCGUAUCCCAGUGACCUCAAUAUUAUUCAAGAGAUGCCGAAACCGAUGCUCCAACAGUCAAUAAUGCAACUACUCUCACAACGUCCACUUUAUACACGACCUUCGGUAGCGAAUACUCCCAGACCCCCAGCUCUUCAGCCCUCCGACCAAUCCCCUUACAACACUUUCAACUCUAUGCCAUCACCACCCCAACUACGUCCCAUCAAUCCAGCUUCUGUUAACAUUCGCCCAAAUAGCAUUCAAAGCAGUGGAAGUGGUGCGAGUAUGACGGGCCCCAACUCAGAUAACAACGUUUUACCAGAUUCACCGGAAUCUCAUUUCAGUUACAAUCAGAACAGUGUCAACAACCAGAUCGUGAGCGAUCUCUUAGCAUCGAAUUUAGACCAGAGCAAUGCUGACGAUAAGACUCACCUGGUGAAUUUGGGCGGCAAUUUUAUAAGUUAUGAUGUGUAUAAAAAUCAGAUUCUUCCGGCCUUAGGUGCAUCUGGAGCAGCUCCAGUGGAUCAUAAGGUUGAAAUUAUCACGUGCGCUACGGGGGUGCGUCAACCGAACACGACAGAUUGUUCCAAGUACUUUGUGUGCAGCAAGAAAGAUGGGAAGGUGCUAUCUUACUCGUGUCCACCGUAUACCGGCUUCAAUGCCCAAACUCAUAUAUGUGACGCCAAGACCUACGCCUUUUGCAAUCCUCAAGCACUUUACAGCCGUUUUACUGUGUCCGAGAACCGCAAAAUACAAAUGGAUGCCCUCCAAGCGCUCGAGGAGGCUAAGAAAGUUCGCGAUGAAGCCAUUCAAGCUCAAAACCUAGCAAACCUCAUUCGUCUUGAAACACAGAAGAUUAUCGAUAAUACUACUAUCCCACAACACCAGGGAUUGCAGAAUCCUGUGAUACUCUCGAACUAUCUUGGAAGUCUGCCGCAGCAACCACCUUCCUUGGAAAAUAGCCUAGCAGCCAUGGCGCUGACUCAGACGACUCCGAAAUCUCCUACGUUAACGUCCGUUAACACAGUCACUACCCAAAAACGACGUCGUUUCCGGUGCUCUGAUGGUGGCAAAGUGCCUGAUCCUCAAUCCGUACUGAAGUACUAUGUUUGCUUCAAGGCGAGUGAUGGCAAAAUGAAACGCAGGAAGAUGGAAUGCUCAGCAGGACUCAUGUUUUGCGCGAAAACUUUGCUUUGCACGCUGCCCCGAAAAUGCAAUGCGCAGUAAAGUGUAAUAUGGAUGCAUAGUGAUAGUAGCCAAAUAUUUCGUGAUCGGGAUGAGAAAGGUUCAAAUUCUUUCUAAAGUUUUAGAUACUUUUGCCAGAAAAGGCGUUCUAAAAUCUUUUUACGUCAUAGCCAUAAGCCUCGCCGUUGGAAACAUACUCAAGCCUGUAUUUGAUAAGUUUGAAAAUCAUCCCCGACUUUCUCCUGGCCUGUCUCAUGAAAUAUUCGAAAGAUACAAUAUAAUGCCCCCGUUCCUAGUAGUUCCUGAUUAAUUAUCGAAAGGGUCAUGUGUAUAACGUGAACUCUUAACUAUGGAGUGAAACUCUUCACCUCCCUAAAAGAGGAUAAUUGAUAAUUGCGCUUCAUAGUGCGCAAUGCAGAACAAUGCUCGAGUAGUCAUUCCAUGUACACGUAAGAGAUGUAUAUUAUUUAUUAUUUAUACACUUAAUAGUGCUUGCCUUAUCAUAAAAUCUAAUUUUAACACGAAAUGUAAAUUAAAGUGUGUUCCUCUUGCCUGAUAAAAGAUAAUCACUGAUGAUAGUGUGGAAUGUAUUUGAAUUUAAGUAAGCGAAAA